AUGACACAUCAGUUCCAAAACUUUUAUUUAUUUGUUACUGAUUUAGAUAAUACUACUUUUUUGUGCACAUCAUCAAGUGAUCUUAUAUCUAUUCAUAUAAAGAUGAUUAUUGUGUUAGAUUCACAUCAUACAGAGGAUCUACAAUUCCUCAAAACAGUUGAAAACGAUGUUAUUAGAGAGUUCUGUAAUAUUUCAUUAGAGUUUAUAAGAAAAGGUGACAAUAAGAAGUUAUAUAUUGCUGCAUCGAAGAAACUAAAUGUAUCACCAGAUGUCAUUGAAAAUGUAGUCAAAGGUUUAUCACAUCUAUUUGUAGAAUGUUCUAGAUUCAUGUUGAACGAUGCUGAUUUUAAAGAUUCUCUAUCGAUUUUAAAGUUUGAAAAUGAAUUGGUUGAUUUAUUAAAAGAGGUUUAUUUAGAACAAAGAAAUGAAAUUAGAAUUAUCUUACAGGAAUUAUACCCUCAUUUCGAUCAUUAUUCAAACUUGGAGUGGAGAUUGGAUGUACAGGUUGCCAAUAGAAGUUUGCGUGGACAAACAAUCAACCCAAUCUAUUUGUUAAAGUUGACCACACAAUCUGGUGGAACUCAAGAAAAGAAAGAACAUAUACUUCAAACCGAUCCAAAUAAUCUUAAACAUCUUUGCAAUGAAUUGGAGGCUGCAUUAAUGGAGAUUCGUUCAAACGAUUGUCGUCGUAUCAUGAGAAAUAUUAAAUAG